UGCCUGCCUCCCCCGCCCCUCCCCUUCCCUGUUUCUGUCAUCUCGUCGCAUCUCCUCUCGCGCACCGCGACUAGUCCUUCAUCUACCUGGCUGCUCAUAAAACCGUUCCCACUCCAUCGCUGGGGAAAACCACUCGUUCGGCGACCUACAGCCGCUGACGGAACGAUGCCAGGUGCCGAAUAACGUCGAGAAGAAAGAAAAUUUCUUUACCCCUCGCGCGCGUGUCCACCUCGACAAAGUCACGCUCCGAUACGCACGACCAAACGCGCGCACGGGAGAGAGAGCAGUUCACGCGCGGCAGAUGCUUCGCCGUCCUCGUUGAGAUGAUGGCUCUGUGGACGCUCUUCUGCAUCCUCGCCAUUGUGAAAAGCAGUAAUGGGGCAGAUACAGAAGAAAGACUGGUGGAGCAUCUUCUUAAUCCAGCCCACUACAACAAACUGAUCCGACCAGCGACUAAUGGUUCAGAACUGGUCACAGUGCAGCUGAUGGUCUCACUGGCACAGCUCAUCAGUGUGCAUGAGAGAGAACAGAUCAUGACCACCAAUGUCUGGCUUACACAGGAGUGGCAGGACUACCGGCUAACAUGGAACCCAGAUGAGUUUGAUGGCAUGAAGAAGGUCCGUCUUCCCUCAAAACAUAUUUGGUUACCUGAUGUUGUUCUUUACAACAAUGCUGAUGGCAUGUAUGAGGUGUCUUUCUACUCCAAUGCUGUCGUCUCUUAUGAUGGAAGUGUCUUCUGGUUGCCACCAGCGAUCUAUAAGAGUGCCUGUAAAAUUGAGGUGAAGCACUUCCCUUUCGACCAGCAGAACUGCACGCUGAGCUUCCGCUCGUGGACCUAUGACCGCACAGAAGUGGACCUGGUUCUGCGUGCGGAUGUGGCUAGUAUGGACGACUUCACGCCCAGUGGCGAGUGGGACAUCAUUGCUCUCCCUGGCCGUCGAAACGAGAACCCCUCAGACCCAACCUAUGUAGACAUCACCUAUGACUUCAUCAUCCGGCGCAAACCCCUCUUUUACACCAUCAACCUCAUCAUUCCUUGCAUCCUCAUCACCUCGCUGGCCAUCCUAGUGUUCUACCUUCCAUCGGACUGUGGGGAGAAGAUGACGCUCUGCAUCUCUGUGCUACUGGCCCUCACUGUGUUCCUGCUGCUGAUCUCCAAAAUCGUGCCGCCCACGUCUCUCGAUGUCCCUCUGGUUGGGAAGUAUCUGAUGUUCACCAUGGUGCUUGUCACAUUCUCUAUUGUGACAAGCGUGUGCGUGCUGAACGUGCAUCACCGGUCGCCCACCACACACACAAUGCCUCCAUGGGUAAAGUUGGUGUUCCUCAACAAGUUACCCGCCUUGCUCUUCAUGCGGCAGCCACGCAACAGCAGCGAGCGGCAGCGUUUGCGCCAACGCCGGCGUGCCAAUGAACAGCAGGAAGGUGGGAGAGGGGGUCUAGCAGCUGGGCUCAUGGCGGGACUGGGCCUGGGCGGCUCUUCAUCGGAGAGCAAAGAGAACAAUGAAGCGUGCACAUGCUAUGUGAACCGGGCCACAGUUAAACAGUUUGGGGCAGAGUUGGGUGGAGGUGGUGGUGGAGGGGGGUCGACAGAUGGACUAAAUGGGAUAAGGGAAGGGGGGAGAGCGGCCAGGGAAGGAGGUUCAAAUCCAUUACAAAGCUCUGCUCUACCUCGGGCAAAGCAGCAGCCCCCUACGGUCCUCACCCAGGCUCUGCUGGCCCAGGCCUGCCCAGGGUUCGAAGAGGCUGUAGACGGAGUCCGCUUCAUCGCAACCCACAUGAAGAGCGAGGAUGACGACCAAAGUGUGAGUGAGGACUGGAAGUAUGUCGCCAUGGUGAUCGAUCGUCUGUUUCUCUGGAUCUUUGUGUUUGUGUGUGUCUUUGGCACAAUCGGAAUGUUCCUUCAGCCUCUGUUCCAAAACUACACAGCCAAAACUAUCACCAACACACCUGGCUGACUAACCACCAACCCCCGCCACAACAAUGGACGCUAUACCCCAUCAGUUGUGAUGGGAGGGCGAAGGGAGGAGGUGGGGUCUGCUGAAGGAGAGGGCAAAUGUCACUCUGAACUAACCUUAGGUUUAUACGAACCUCUUUUGGAAUCUCACACAGAGUGGGGAUUUAGUCCAGGAUUCUCGUUCAGGCCUCUCGUCCAGUCCACCUUCCCCUUCUUUUAGGUGAAAAACUACACAAGCCAAUUGGAGAGAAUGGAGACACCUGUUUACUUUGCUCAGCAGCCAAUCAGCACUCUUCUCUGCAAAUAGAAAGCCAUCCACCACCCACAAGCUCUGAAAUGAGCAGUCUGCUUCCUCAAGAGUCACAUGACUUGUUACCUGUACAUGCAAGCUAGUCAGACAGAGAUGAACUUCAAUGCCUGUUUUAACAUCAUUUCAGUCAGAUUUUCAUAGUUAAAUCUGUCUUAUUUUUUUCUUAUGGUCUAGUAGCCUGUCAUUCUGAUUUCUGUGCGAACAUACAAGUGUCUGGUCCUUCGAAAUGGGCUUUGAUGCAGUAGUGUAUUAUUAUUAUAAAUAUAAUAAAUGUGUGAAUUGUAUUACUAGUACAACACACAACAUAAAGAGGGAGGAUGCCUGGUGAGAUGUGAGUGACAGUGACUGUGUAUAAAGACUGAAGGUAUGGUGGUACUUUAAAAAGUUAAAUUUGCCAAAAAGGGGGCCCACGGUGGUGUAGAACAGGGUUCCCACCCAUAAAAAUCCUUCCCUAGCUUUGUGAUUUUUUAGUACAACACUGAACAGAUGAGCUCUGAGCUGAAUGAGUCCCUUUAGUCCCUAAAUGUGGUCGGGCAGACUGGCUAAUACAUAGACAGACAAGUCUUAAAGCACCUGUUGCCAUGAUGAAAUUCUGAGCAGUACUGCAUUAUUAGGCCUCCUACACUUGCUUGCAACACAUAAUCGCUUCUCAUGAAAAUAUAAACCAUUGGUUAUGAGCAUUCUCAUAAUCAAAAACACAUUUGGUCAGUGGCUUUUUAGAUUCCUUGAUUUUAUGUCAUAAUUUACUCGAAUUUAAUACUUGACAUUUCCAGAUUCUGUGCUUCUUGUUUGUAUUUUGGCAAAUUUGGUUAUGAUUUAUUUGCAGAUUUACAGUACUCUCAGUUCCAUUUAAUAAAUUUGAUUUAAAUAUUUCACUAAAUAUAAACAUAUAUAUAUAUAUACAUACAUACAUACAAACUACCAUUUAAAAGUUUGGGGUCUGUAAAUUUUUAGAAGCCUUGUUUCAUUAAUUUAAUCCAAAAUAUAGUUUAAACUGUAAUAAUGUGAAAUUUUACAAAUUAAAAUAAAUAUAUAUGUAUAUAUAACCUAGUGAUAAUUCAUAAAAACAUAGUGAGGCAAUAUCAUUGCUAGCUGUUUCCUCUGCUAAUCGAGCCUCCAUAUCCUUCUUCUUAUUUGCAUAUCUUGACCCUUAUGAAAUCAAGGGCCACUAGCUGGCAGUUAAGACUUUAAGUGUGGCUUUCUCAGAUUCAUCCAUAUGGUUCAUUAAGCAGGGAAUCUCCAAAACUCAUCUUUCAGAAAGCAGAUUAUGCAAACAUGUUCACCCAUGGAUUAAACAUUUUUCACGAUUAUAUUUCCUGAGAGCUUCAAAUGACCUCACACUCAUGCUUUGCCUUUUCAGCCUUUCUUCUCCUCUCAUAUUUCCCUCACCAGGAAUGCUCUGCAAAAAGCCCUAUUACAAACCACAAAGCAGCAUAGUACAGCUGCUCUAUUACAUUAACAUAUCAUGACCAUUAGCUUUUAAAAAAUUAAACAGUAUAAGGGUGAAAGUCAAACUAUGAAUGCAUUACUUUUGUCUUUGUUUGGGCUCCAAGUGGCAGGAAGUCUCCAGUGACUCACAAUGUCUGUGUUCACAGCGUGACAUCAACAACGAGACAUAAGUCAGUAUUCACCACACAGAGUCCUGUCUCUAUUCAUUAAAGCAUUCUGUCUGUGAGAGCAUGCAAAACGGCUUUCAUAACCAUAAGUGCUUAAGUCGCUCUAAUUCAUCAAAGGAAAAAUGGAAUGAAGAGAAGAGACAAAGGGAGGAGUGUUUCUCCCUAUGUUAUCUCAUGUCACACUCACAAUCAAGUCAACCUGUUCAAUAAUGCAAUAAUCCAGAAGUGUGACAUCACAAUGAUUCUGUGUCAAAAUAUCUUUGUUGACCAAUAAGAGUGCACCGUCUUAUUCACACUAAUGGCACUUAAAUGCCCGUCUCCUAUCCUCACCUCCCUCUUUUGGGUGACCGAUCACAUUUAUCCUGUCAAAUAAAGAUUAGAAAUUCAUCAUCUCUUUGUGUUGGACAAUUCUUGGCCUAUUUGCACAAAUAACACUUUGUUAUUUCUCUGUUAGGGAAAGUUGAUCUCAAUUUUUUGCACUGAAUGCAAUGUCUUUUUCACUUCUGUUUAAAUUCUCUAACAAGAUGGACAAGAGGACUUGGCUUUUGUGUUGUUCUGCUGCCCAAGGACUUGUUCACCAGUCUCUGAACUCACAUCCAUUGGCACUGCCACCUCCUGACAACAUAAUAAAUUCAUGUCUUAUUUCAA